AUGGCCGCCGCAGCUGCAUCCGUAGCUGAGCUCGACCCGAGCAACAGCUCAAAGAACACCCUCAAACUGGAAAAUACCGAAAAGCGAGACACCCUAGUCGCAAUCGAAAAGAAGUACCAAGCACAAUGGAAGGAGAACAAGGUCUUCGAAGUCGAUGCGCCCUCGUUCGAGGAAGCCCCCCAGGGCGCCAUGACCCCCGCCGAGCUCCGUGAGAAGUACCCCAAGUUCUUCGGUACUAUGGCCUACCCUUACAUGAACGGUACUCUCCACGCCGGACACAGCUUCACUGCUAGUAAGGUUGAGUUCAUGGCCGGAUUUGCCCGCAUGGAGGGCAAGCGUGCCCUUUUCCCUCUGGGUUUCCACUGCACCGGUAUGCCUAUCAAGGCCUGUGCCGAUAAGCUCGCCAACGAAGUGAAGAAGUUUGGCAAGGGUUUCGAAGGAUACAACGAGGAGGCAGAGGCCGCCGAGGACGCCGUCGCAGCCCCCACACAAGAGGUCAAGACCGAGGCAGCCGAGAAGUUCUCCGGCAAGAAGAGCAAGGCCGCUGCCAAGACCGUGAAGAUGAAGUACCAGUUCCAGAUUAUGCUGGCAAUUGGCGUUCCUCUGGAAGAAAUCCACAAGUUCGCCGACGCUGCUCACUGGCUCGACCACUUCCCUCCUCUUGCCAUCCGUGAUCUUGACAGCAUGGGUGCCCGUGUCGAUUGGCGCCGGCAGUUUGUCACCACCGACGCUAACCCCUACUACGAUGCUUUCGUGCGUUGGCAGAUGAACCGCCUGCACGAGCUCGGCAAGAUCAUGUAUGGCAACCGUUACACCGUCUACUCGCCUAAGGACGGUCAGCCUUGCAUGGACCACGACCGCACCGAGGGUGAGGGCAUUGGUCCUCAGGAAUACUCUGCGAUCAAGCUCCAAGUUAAGGAGUGGUCGCCGGAAAUGGCAGAGCUCGUGAAAGGAAAGGUUGAGGAUGAUGCUAAGGUAUACUUCGUUCCGGCUACCCUGCGUCCCGAGACCAUGUAUGGCCAGACUAGCUGCUUCGUCGGCCCAAAGAUCAACUACGGUCUUUUCAAGCUGAAGGAGAAGGAGUACAUUGUCGUGACCAAGCGUGCUGCUUGGAACAUGGCCUUCCAGGGCCAUUUCUUCGGUGAUAAGUUCCCCAAGACUCAAGACGAGCUGCCGCAGGUUCUUAAGGCACCGGGUUCCGCCUUCAUUGGAACAUUGGUCAACGCGCCUCUGUCUUUCCACACCGCGGGUAUCCGCAUCCUGCCCAUGGAGAGUGUUUCGGCAGCCAAGGGCACUGGUGUUGUUACCUCCGUCCCGUCCGACAGCCCUGACGAUUACGCCACGCUGAUGGACCUGGCGAAGAAGGCUGAGUACUACGGUAUUCAGAAGGAGUGGGCUGAGCUUGAAAUCUUCCCCCUCAUUGACACCCCCACUUACGGUAACUUGACUGCCCCUGCUCUGGUCAAGCAGCUGAAGAUCAACUCUCCCAAGGACGUGACCCAGCUGGCCCAGGCCAAGGAUUUGGCCUACAUGGAAGGUUUCUACAAGGGUACUAUGCUCGGCGAGCCCGUCAGUGAGGCUAAGGAUAAAGUCCGCAAGGAGCUCUACGAGAGUGGUGAUGCCUUCCCCUUCGCCGACCCCAUGGGCAAGGUUGUCAGCCGUAGUGGUGACGACUGUGUUGUUGCUUACCUGGGCCAGUGGUUCCUGAACUACGGUGAGAAUGACGCCGAGUGGCAGCAGGAGACCCUGAACCACGUUGUCAACAACCUCAACACCUACUCCGCCGAAUGCAAGAACGGUUUCGAGAAGAAUCUGUCCUGGCUGAACCGCUGGGCGUGUGCCAGAACCUACGGCCUCGGUUCCCAGCUGCCAUGGGACAAGCAGUUCCUGGUUGAGUCUCUGAGUGACAGUACCGUCUACAUGGCCUACUACACCAUCGCUCACCUCCUUCACGGUGACCGGUACGGCAAGACGACCGGCCCCUUGAAGGUGACCGCGGACCAGAUGACCGAUGAGGUCUGGGACUACAUUUUCACAAGACGGGAAAUCAGCGACGAACUCGUCUCUAAGAGUGGAAUCAGCAAGGAAUCUCUGCAGCAAAUGCGCCGCGAAUUCGAGUACUGGUACCCUCUGGAUGUCCGUGUCUCCGGAAAGGACCUGAUUCAGAACCACUUGACCUUCUUCCUCUACAUCCACAUUGCCCUCUUCCCCAAGGAGUACUGGCCCCGUGGUGUCCGUGCUAACGGCCACUUGCUCCUCAACGGUGAGAAGAUGAGCAAGAGUACCGGUAACUUCCUGACUCUCAAGGAUUCUGUUGAUAAGUUCGGUGCCGAUGCUACCCGUAUUGCAUUUGCCGAUGCAGGUGACAGCAUUGAAGAUGCCAACUUCGAAGAGUCUGUUGCCAACAGCAACAUCCUGCGUCUCUACACCUUGAAGGAAUGGAUCGAGGAGGUUGUUAAGGACGAGACUCUGCGCAGUGGCCCUGCUGAUGCCUUCGCUGACAAGCUCUUCAAUAACGAACUUAACAGCCUGGUCCGCGAGACCCAGAAGCACUACCAGGACACCAACUUCAAGCUUGCUCUUAAGUCUGGCCUAUAUGACUUCACUAGCUCCCGUGACAGCUACCGUGAGGCUUCUACCGCUGCUGGCGUGGGUAUGCACCGGGAUACCAUUCUGCGCUACAUUGAGCUGCAAGCUCUGAUGCUGGCACCCAUUGCUCCUCACUGGGCUGAGUACAUCUGGCUCGAGGUUCUCAAGAAGUCCGAGUCUAUUCACUUCGCUCAGUUCCCUGCCGUGCCAGAGCCCUCUCCCGAGCUGACCGCCGCUCAGAACUACCAACAUCAUGGGCUCCGAGGCCAACUUCACCAAGAAGCUCUCCAAGGGCAAGGCCAUUACCUUCGACCCCGCAAGCCCAAGAAGCUUACCAUCUUCGUUGCCAAGAAGUACCCCAACUGGCAGGAGAAGUACAUUGAUCUGGUGCGCGAGUCCUUCGACUCCCUGAACCUCUCCUUCAACGACAAGGAGCUCAACGCAAAGGUCGGCAAGUUCGGUGAGAUGAAGAAGGCCAUGCCCUUCGUUCAGAACCUGAAGCGCCGUCUGGUCAAUGCUGGCGAGUCCCCCGCCACUGUCUUCGAUCGCAAGCUUCCCUUCGAUGAGUUCGCUGUUCUGUCUGAGAUGGUGGGCGGUCUGAAGCGCACCUCCGGCUUCAAGGAGAUUGAGGUCAUUGCUGUUGACGAGGGUGGCAAGACUGGUGAAGUUGUUGGCACUGGUGAGAAGCGUGAGGGUCUGUCUGGCGAGAAUGCCGUGCCUGGAACCCCUACGUUCCAGUUUGUCAACGUCGAGUAA